AUGACCGGCGCCGGCUUUCGAUUGAUUGUCGAAAACGGCAAGUUUCGAGACGCCCACGGCCGCCAGGUCACCCUCCGAGGCAUCAACGUCGCCGGCGAUGCCAAGUACCCCAGCAUACCCGACCAGCCUUCCCACAUGGCCGAGAACUUCUUCGACGGCGACAGUGUCAGGUUCACAGGACGACCGUUCCCCAAAGAAGAAGCCCAUCUCCACUUCUCGAGGCUAAAACGCUGCGGUUACAACACCAUCCGCUAUGUCUUUACCUGGGAGGCCAUCGAAGCCGCCGGGCCGGGUAUCUACGACGAGGAGUGGAUUGAUAACACGAUCGGUGUCUUGCGCGCUGCGAGAGACUAUGGAUUUUACAUUUUCAUGGAUCCUCAUCAGGAUGUGUGGUCGCGAUUCUCGGGCGGAUCUGGGGCGCCCAUGUGGACGUUGUACGCUGCCGGUCUGAACCCACAGAGCUUUGCUGCGACGGAAGCUGCUAUUGUACACAAUGUCUAUCCGGAACCCGAGAAAUUCCCAAAGAUGAUUUGGUCAACCAAUUACUACCGCCUUGCUGCGGCUACCAUGUUCACCUUCUUCUUUGCCGGCAAGACGUUUGCGCCGAAAUGCAUCAUUGAUGGGAUGAACAUCCAGGACUACCUGCAAGGGCACUUCAUCCGUGCCUGUGAGCAUUUGGCCAAGAGGAUACACGAGGCUGGUGACAUUGAGAACGAUGUCGUCUUUGGGUGGGAGAGCUUGAACGAGCCAAACAAGGGCAUGAUCGGGUAUGAAGACAUCAGUGUGAUUCCGAAAGAGCAGAAUUUGAAGAAGGGCACGUGUCCGACGAUAUGGCAGACCAUUCUGACCGGGUCAGGGCGGGCUGUCGAGGUUGAGACGUGGGAUAUGGGUCAGAUUGGGCCCUACAAAGUAGGGCGGACGUUGGUGGAUCCCCAUGGCGAGGUUGCGUGGUUGCCGGCCGACUACGACGAGUCCCGUUAUGGGUACAAGAGAGAUCCCGGGUGGAAGCUGGGCGAGUGCAUCUGGGCUCAGCAUGGGGUAUGGGACCCGGCUACCGAUACGCUGCUCAAGAAGAACUACUUUGGGAUACACCCGACGACGGGGGAGCAUAUUGACUAUCCUUAUUUCACCAACAACUUCUUCAUGGAGUACUUCCGGGCAUACCGGGAUGCUAUUCGAAGUCACCACAAGAACGCCGUUAUCCUUCUGCAAGGCCCGACGAUGGAGCUCCCGCCAAAGAUCAAGGGGACUCCGGAUGGCGAUGACCCUCUUCUCGUUUAUGCCCCGCAUUGGUAUGACGGCAUCACUCUGAUGACCAAGAAAUGGAAUCGGUACUGGAAUAUCGAUGUAAUAGGUGUCUUGCGCGGGAAGUACUGGACGCCGGCUUCGGGUCUACGGUUCGGUGAGACGGCUAUCCGAAAGUGUUUUGCGGAACAACACGCAACCAUGAGGCAAGAGGGCUUGGACUACAUCGGGAACGUGCCUUGUGUCAUGACCGAGUUUGGUAUCCCAUACGACAUGGACGACCAGAAGGCGUACAAGACGGGGGAUUACGCCAGCCAGUCGGCUGCCAUGGACGCCAACCACUUCGCCGUGGAGUCUUCCGGUCUGGAGGGUUACACGCUGUGGCUCUACAUGACCAAGAAUGUGCACGAAAGAGGAGAUCAAUGGAAUGGUGAAGAUCUUUCCAUCUUUUCGAUAGACGACAAGCUGCUUCCUGUCUCGCCGAUACCCCGAUCACCCUCGACAUCGAGCCUCCUCAAACCCGGCGACGGCAGCCAGCGCAAAGAAGUUGAUGAUGACGGCAGUGUCACGCCAGCUAACCUCAGGCGGUCCAUCACCAACCCGUCCAUCUCGAGUGAGGUGACCAGUCGGCAGCCCGAGCUCACUGUCGCUCCUGGGUACCGAGCUGCCGAAGCCUACGUGCGACCGGCACCUGUCGUUACGGUCGGGACUAUCAAGAAUUACUUUUUCGAUCUCAAGCAGUGCCAGUUCAACAUGACCAUCAUCGCCCAUAAAGCAGCCGAAACAGACACGCCGACGAUCAUUCUCCUUCCUGAUUACCAUUUUCCAAAGGAUGAGUGCAUUGUGGAGGUGAGCUCGGGGAAGUGGGAGAUCAGCAGUGAUGAGGAGGAGUCUAUUAUGCUGCAGAGGUUGAGGUGGUGGCAUGGGAAGGGAGAGCAGGUGUUGAAGAUUACGGGGGUGGUCAAGAAGCAUAACAUUGGGGAGGGGGAGGGGGGGUAUUAUGAUCAGCUGAGUAAUGCUGUGGAUUUUGUGGGGAGUUGCUCGGUGAUGUAA